UGAGAAAUGUCAGAGAGACCACCAGUGAGCAAACCUCCAUUAACUCACUUGGGUCCAUAUGCAUGCUGCGUCUGCUGCUUGUUAUUUAGUGUGCUUUGGAAUUCAAAACAAGUAUGGGUGGAGAAAAGCUGGUGGCUUGUGUGUUGGUCACUAUGCUAAGUCUGACACUACUGAGUUCAGUUGACACUCAGCACAUGCCAGAAGAACCAUGCUCUGUACAGAUCCUUGUACCUGGACUUAAAGGUGAAGCAGGGGAGAAAGGAGAGAAAGGAGCACCUGGAAGACCUGGGAGAGUAGGGCCACCUGGAGAGGCAGGCCCCCCUGGACUCAAAGGCCAAAAAGGCAUCAUGGGACGUUAUGGGAAGAUGGGCCCCUCUGGACUCAAAGGUUUAAAAGGUGAUAUAGGAGAUCCAGGACCAAAGGGCCCAGAUGGUGAACCAGGGCUCCCCUGUGAAUGUGCACCAUUACGGAAGAUGAUUGGUGAAAUAGACAUUCAAGUGGCACAAUUAACCAAUGAGCUGAAGUUCAUUAAAAAUGCACUGCCCUCCCCCGCAGCUGUUGCUGGUGCCAAAGAGACUGAAAGCAAGGUGUAUCUGCUGGUGAAGGAGGAAAAACGCUACAGGGAUGCUGAGGUGUUUUGUCAGGGGCGUGGUGGACACCUGGCCAUGCCCAAAGAAGCAGCGGCCAACAGAGCCAUCGCUGGCUACAUCACUGAUGCUGGCCUUAGCAGAGUGUAUAUCGGUAUUAAUGACCUGGAACGAGAAGGCCAUUUUAUAUAUGUGGAGCGCUCACCCAUGACCACUUUCAGCAAGUGGAGGGAGGGGGAGCCAAACAACGCUUAUGAUGAAGAGGACUGUGUUGAGAUGGUGUCUUCAGGCGAGUGGAUUGAUGUAGCUUGUCACCUCACCAUGUACUUUGUGUGUGAGUUUGACAAGGACAGUGUAUGAGCUGCACUAUGCAUCUAGUCAGGAAAGUGAACAAGAAAGGUUAAUAAUUGCAAAGUAUUAAAGAGAUCAAUUCAAUAAGGCUGAAUUUUAAAUGAAAAUCAACACAGUAGCUACUGAAGAUUUUCCUGUCUACCAAUAUACUGCUUUUAUGAUGACAUGAAAAUAAUAUGUAACAUAAUUAAAAAUACUGAUUGAUUGCCUUCUUUGCAUAGUUUACCUUUUUUUUUUUACCAUUCUGUGUUAUAGUAUUAAACGUUUUUAAGUUAUUUCUGAUACUUAAUACACCAGGGAUUCAGCAUCCUGCUUCCAGUGUCCUCAAAAAGUAUUUGGACACCAAAGCCACACUUAAAAAUGUAUAGAUUUAAUUGCAUGAUUUCAAAAUAUAUAAUCAAGUGGUAUCUACAAACAAAUCAUGUAGUUGCUUUUAAUCAACUGGUGUCAAGGCGGAUAUAUUGUCAGUGACUCUCAAAGGGAUAGGUCACUCAAAAAUGAAAUUUCUCUCUCAUUUACUCCCAGAUUACUUUUAUGCUGCCUUUAUGUUCUGGCCACCAUUCAUUUGCAUUGUAUGGAUCUACAGAGCUGAGAUAUUUUUAUACAAAUAUUUGUUUGUGUUCAGCAGAAGAAAGAAAGUAAUACACAUCUGGGAUGAAAUGAGGGUGAGUAAAUUCUGAGAUCAUUUUUAUUUUGGGGUGAACUAGCCCUUUAAAUUCACAAUUAAUGUGUUCAUCAUAUUAAUUAUGGACGUGUUCAUCUAACAUCUGAUGACCAGAAUGUGCCAAAAUACUUUUUGAAUAAACUUUGAACAGUAUACACACUGUUUUAUAAUAUACAUCUUACAACAUUCAUAUUGUGCAAUGUUAUUCUUGAAAAUUGUGCUUUUUUUUUUUUCUUCCAAUAAAUGCCACUUAAUUCUGUGUUUUAUUAUCUAAUAUUGGGCCAUACAAUUUUCCAAAUACUUUUUUGGGCAACUGUGUAUUUCAGUUGUUUGUCUUGAUUUCA